UUCAGCAACUUGGACAUCCUGUUUGUCAAUUUAAGCCAAAUUUGGACAUAUCCAAUUUUUAAAGUGCUGUCUAAAGCUGCUUGAGAUCGGAUGCCUGCUUUGAAAAUUAGAAACUUUCUGACAUAUUUUUUUCCAAAACUGAAACUAAAGAUGUAGUUCCUUUAAUGUAUUUAUGACAAAGAGGUUGACCAGUUCCUGAAAGCAGUAGUCUUGUGUAAAUACUCCCUAUUCAUCCUUUUGUGUCCAUCCAACAACUGUCAACCACCACAAGGCUAUAUCCAAAGUACAUUCUAACAGCCAGUUAUUGUGUCUCUAAAAUCCCUCUUUCAUCCACACUGCCUAGACCGACUGAUAGCUCAGCCUGCUUGUCAUGCCUAUCGACACGUCUGCUUUGUUGGUGUCAGCACAGACAUCCCUGCGUGAUAUAUUUUUUCAGCCCUGGACGCAUGUUUGCGCACACGGCGACCCAGUUUUUCCAUUGUGCGAUAUGAAUACAUAUUUGUGCGGCUAACCACAACGAUUAUACUGCAAUUUUACGAGUUCGUGAUCGUGAAUGAAAAAUAGUUUGCCACUGUAUUUGCGCUUUAUGCCCAGGGUACGGAGAGAGAUAUGCCAUCAGUCAUCGAUGUGCUUCUCACAAAUGACGAAGCAGAAAUCAGAUGCUGAAUCUUGUGUUUUACAUCCACGCCAAACCCCACAGCAGAACCAGUAACGGAACGCAGACAACAUGACCCAGCCAGGCACCAAUCACCACAGGCCCACCAAUCACAAUCGAUCGAAGACGGCCCCUGCCGGGGGCGGGGUCAGACCAAGGAAGAACGGUUUUCAUCAUCAUCAUAACCAGGAGAAAGUCGACGCUCAGAACAACGUCUUAAAGAAGCCAGAGGAUGCAUCAAAUACGGAUUGGGACAUCAAUAUUCCCAUCCCAAAACUCUCAGUGAGAAACUCCUCUUUCUUGGUCGCCAGCUUGUCUCUCCUCUGCUAUUUGAACAGUUGCUAUGGUGAUUUUGUCUUCGACGAUACGGAGGCGGUGCUUAGCAACAAAGAUGUCAAGCCGGAGACACCGAUCAUUGAGGUACUCCAGGAUGACUUUUGGGGGGAGAGGAUCACGAAGAACCACAGUCAUAAAUCCUACAGACCUUUGACUGUGUUGUCCUUUAGGUUGAAUUACAUCCUGAGCGGCGGCUUUCACCCAUUCAGCUUUCAUCUCACGAACGUCGUCUUACAUACCAUCAUUAGCGUCUUCUCGCUUCGCAUCUUUUCCAUCCUCCUCAGCGAUUUGUCUUGUCUUCAUCGUCGUCUGGAAGCGGAGAAGUUUCGUCGUAAGACCUUUCCGGCGCCCAGAGCUAGCUUACUGUGUGCUCUGCUGUUCACUGCACAUCCCAUACACACGGAAAGCGUGGCUGGAGUUGUCGGUAGAGCAGAUCUCUUGUCGGCUGCAUUCUUCUUUCUGUCAUUUUUCUUCUACGUUUCUGCAUUACAAAAAGAUGGUGGCCAUUUUCUCCUCAGCUUGUUGUAUUCGAUAUUGUGCUGUACUGCCUCAAUGCUGUGCAAAGAACAGGGCAUUACUGUCAUUGGCGUCUGUAUAGUGUACGAUGUCAUCCUCAAUUGUCAAGUGGACAUGCUCCGAAUCUUCCAGCGUUCUCAGAUCCCAACCAAAUCCCAGGGUUCCAGUCAUCCAAGAUGGCUGCCCAGCCUAGCAACCAGACUGAGCAUUAUGACCUUGUGCGCUGUAGUUUUAUUGGCCGGGAGGUUUUUCAUAAUGGGAAGCGGACCGCCGCCGUUUCAACCAUCGGACAACCCCGCGUCAUUCGCUGAUGGAAUUCUUACCCGGGUAACAAACUAUAACUUCAUUUACGCCCUGAAUCUGUGGUUGCUAAUCUUCCCCCGCUGGCUGUGCUUUGAUUGGUCGAUGGGCUGUGUGUCGUUGAUACAAUCAGCCAAUGACAUCAGGCUGCUUGCCCCUGUUGCACUGUGGGUACUUUUGGGGGGUCUGAUCUACAGGAGCGUGGUAGGCCCACCCAGCCACGGUAAAAGGGUCUUAACGAUGGCCUUGGCCCUCCUCAUCAUUCCGUUUCUCCCUGCAUCCAAUCUCUUUCUACGCGUCGGCUUCGUGAUCGCUGAGCGAGUCUUGUAUCUACCCAGUCUUGGCUUCUGUAUGUUACUGACGCUUAUGGUUGAUGCGGUCUCGCGUAGUUCGGUAUCCAAGAAGGCUGUGCAAUGUCUACUAGUGAUUUUAUUGGCUUACUACGUCGGUAGAUGCAUCCAACGUAAUCAAGAUUGGAUGACAGAGGAGAGGUUGUAUAAGGCUGGCUUAGACGUAUGUCCACGCAACGCUAAGGUCCAUUAUAACAUUGGUAAGAAUGCAGCUGAUAGUGGGAGUCUGGAUGAAGCAGUUACUUACUACAGACAAGCACUGAGUUUGAAUCCUGUCUAUGAUCAAGCCAUGAACAAUCUUGCCAACCUUCUCAAGGACCAGGGACAUCUUACUGAGGCAGAGGAGUUGCUCCACAAGGCCGUACAAAUCAAGCCUCAGUUUGCAGCAGCCUGGAUGAAUCUGGGCAUCGUCCAAGCCGCGAACAAGAAGUACACGGAGGCAGAACAGAGUUACAAGAUGGCUCUGUCUCAUCGCCAUAGAUACGCUGACUGUUACUUCAACCUGGGUAACAUGUAUGUUGACACUGGUCGCCGUGACGACGCCUUGAAAGCGUGGUAUAACGCUACGUCGCUCCAGCCGGGUCAUGUUAGCGCCUGGGCCAACAUUGCCACCUUAUAUGAGCGUGCCGGUCAGUAUGAGACGGCCAUUUUGGUUGCUAAGGAGGCUAUGAAGCAUGUACCACAGGAACCAUCCAUCUAUUUUGGUCUGGGAAACGUACUUGGCAAAGAGGGACGAUAUCAGGAAGCCGAGGAGAACUUUCUUCAAGCCAUUCAGCUGAACCCCAAAAUGGCCAAUUACCAUGGCAACCUGGGUGUUUUGUAUCAUCGCUGGGGGAAGUACAGCAAAGCCAAGAAGCAUUACACAUCGGCGCUGGAGUUGGAUCCGGAGUCGAGGAACGCUCGGAACAACUUGAAGAAACUCCAACAAACCAUGACAAAAAUGAAGAGCAAGAAAAAUGCUGGACAAUAAACAUCUUGUUCGAAUAUCAAACCCAACAGCAAUUACGAUAAACCGGAUGCAGUUUACCUCAAUAAUCUGCAUUUUUCCUACUUUCC